CUUGGCCCUGACCCUGCAGGAUGCCUAUGACAAUGUCACCCUGGACUUGGAGCUGGCUCGCCGAGAGGGCUGGUGUUUUGGAGCCAAGCUGGUGCGGGGUGCCUACAUGGCCCAGGAGCGGGCCCGCGCUGCGGAGAUCGGCUAUGAGGACCCCAUCAACCCCACGUACGAGGCCACCAACGCCAUGUACCACAGGUGCCUCAAUUAUGUCCUGGAGGAACUGAAGAACAAUGGCAAGGCUGAAGUGAUGGUGGCCUCCCACAACGAGGACACGGUGCGCUUCACGCUGCGCAGGAUGGAGGAGUUGGGUCUGCACCCCGCUGACCGCCAGGUGUACUUUGGACAGCUGCUGGGCAUGUGCGACCAGAUCAGCUUCCCGCUGGGCCAGGCGGGCUUCCCUGUGUACAAGUACGUGCCCUACGGCCCUGUGAUGGAGGUGCUGCCCUACCUGUCCCGCCGCGCCCUGGAGAACAACAGUGUCAUGAAGGGCGCCCGACGGGAGCGGCAGCUGCUAUGGCAGGAGCUCAAGCGGAGGCUCUACACAGGCAACCUCUUCUACCGCCCGGCCUAGCGCCCACGGGCCACCUGCCACCAGACUUGGUUUCCCAGGGCCUCAGGCUGGGGUCUGGCUGGGCCCUAGGCCAGUGCUGCUACAGCCCAGCCGCACGCGGAUUCACCUCUCCACACCCAAGACUCUGAGAACGGCUUCCUACCCAGGAUGUGGGCACCCAUGUACAGGCUGAUACCUGCCAGAGCCACCGAGAAGGUCAGGAACUGCCCUUUGAGGGGGCACCGCCCCCAUCUCUGCCCACUUUCCACCAGGGUCUGUCCCACACACCGUGAGCCCCACAGGUGGGCCAGCCAGGCUGAGGGAGGUGGACUGGUCAAUAAACCACUUCUGCAGCCAGGAGCCCUCCACGCCCUUUCCUGUGGGGCCCUCAGGUGGGGUCAGCAGAGAGGGCGUGGCUCCGAGGCCUGAGAAGUCUCACCUGUC